AUGGCGUACCCUGGCCAUCACUUUGCAAGCUAUUUCAGCAUUUCCCAAAGGACGCAUGCACGCCCAAUUCGAGUUUUGAUUAGAGUCAGUCAACCAUUCUCCAUCAACCGCCCAGAGUACAAGAAGACUGUCUGUUUCAGAGACAACAGAUGCCGCAUCCUCGACAUGCUGGUCGACCUUGGUGGUUGCUGCAUCGACAGUGGUGCAACUCUCUUGGAUGCGUUUGGUGCAACGCUGAAUGAAAUUGAAGCCCUGGCAGAGCUCCCGAAAUGGUGCUGGCAACACGGUACCAGACUCGUCGAAGUCAUGAAACGCCUUUUGAAUUGCAUGAGCGUAUCUAGCAAGCUCGUCGGCGAGCUUUGUAACAUCAGGGUUAUACACUAUGGGUUUUCUGUGACGCCUCGGAGACCGGGCAUAGCGAAGUUUUGA